GAUAACAAACAAAGCUGUAUUUGGCAGGAAAGGAUAGUAGCGAGAAGAAAAGAGAGAGAGAGAGAGAGUAACAGAAAAGUGAGAGAAAAAGAAAGAAGAGAAUGGCGGUGGCAGCAAGCACAAGCACGGUGUUAGUCCCUCCUCUUCCUCGGCUUCUCAAAACUAACCACGUUACACGAUGCUCUGCUUUGCCAUAUCUCCCUCCUCGCCUCUCCACUACCCAUUCUUCUUCUUCUUCUUCUUCUUCUUCCCCUUUCCUUAAACACUUUUCAGAGCCCCGGAAGUUUUCUCUGCAUCAGACUAGAGCUUCUUCUUCAGAUGAAACAUCUACUUCUCUUGAUGCCAACGAGUUGUUUUCAGAUUUGAAGGAGAAGUGGGAUGGAGUUGAAAACAAGUCCACAGUGCUUGUAUAUGGUGGUGGAGCUUUAGUUGCUGUUUGGUUAUCUUCAAUUCUUGUAGGUGCCAUCAACUCAGUCCCCUUGCUUCCAAAGAUUAUGGAGUUGGUAGGACUAGGGUACACUGGAUGGUUUGUCUACCGAUACCUUCUGUUUAAGUCUAGCAGAAAGGAACUAGCAACGGAUAUUGAGGUGCUGAAAAAGAAAAUUGCUGGAACUGAAUAGAAUUGAAUCAGUAGCAAGUCAAGUUGAUCUUCCUUGCUCGCCAUUUCUUUGUUUUGCUGUAUGUCUUGAUUAUAUGAAAGGCAUUUGUAUCCCUUGAUAUAGAAUAGAAUUCCUCAAUCUCUAUCAUUAUCAACAUUGUAUUAAUCCAUAUCAUUGUUGAAAUAAUCCAGCAAAUCUUUAUAUAUGUUAAUGAUUCUGAAUCUGAAUGACAAACAUUCAUAUUUUUAUUUGUGUA